CUCUCUCCAACCCCACCCCCCAAAAACCCUAUUUAACUAACUCGCUUUUCCAACUGCAUCCUCCUAUGCAGAUGCAGUCGUCUUCUUCGCUGCUCUCUCAGUCUCUCUCUAACAGGAACUUCUCUGUAACUUUGACAAUUUAGGCAUUGAUCGGCCGAUAGUUCGGUGGCUCUAUCGCGCCGCAUUGUUCUGCCGAGUUUCAGACCAGAUCGAUGCUCUUGUUAACAAUUCUUAAUUUGCUGCGUGUAUAAAUACUCAGGUCGUAGUAGCUAUCUCUCUUAUAUACGUACUCGCACGCAAAGCAGACAUACAGGAACAAGAUGUCGAGCAGAAGAUCGCGAUCGAGGCAAGCAGGAGCAAGAAUCAGCGACGAUCAGAUCAACGAGCUCGUCUCCAGGCUUCAAGAACUCCUCCCUGAGCUCCGCCACCGCCGCCGCUCUGCCGACAAGGUUUCAGCAGCGAAGGUGCUGGAGGAGACGUGCAACUACAUAAGGAAUUUGCACAAAGAGGUGGAUGGCCUUAGCGAUCGCUUGUCGGAGCUACUGGAGACUUCAGACAGCGCUCAAGCCGCCAUGAUCAGGAGCUUGCUCAUGUAGUUGUAAUAAUUUAAUAAUUAAGUUGUAUCAUUAUUAAUCUCUCUGAUCAUGAUCAGUAGUUAAUUCUCGGUACUAGUCUAGGGUUUUGUCAUUUGACCGAAAUCAACGAAUUAAUUAAGAUCUAGCAAGGCUGUCUAAUUAGUUUAAGUAAUGAUAAUAAGGGAGUGCCACACUUCAAUGCUC